AUGGCGCCUCUUUCCGAUGAACUCGUUGCGCACAAGCAAAACAAAUUAGACACUGCCGCGGUCGCCGCAAUCAAAGCCCACGACGCGCAUUCUCAAAUGCUACCUGAGCAGGCGAAGCCUAACGCAAACGACAAAACUGUCAUUGCUAAGGACCCUGACCAAUUCGAUUUCACCAUCUGGAGCGGACUACCGCACGCCUGGAUCAUCGAGUGCUUCGGAGCCGAAGUCGCCAGAAUCCUUAUUGAGGACAAGUUCAUCGACUUGGACCCGCAUCCAGUGGACGAGCGCCCCGUUCUCCAAUUCUCCGACUUCGAUGUCCUGAUAGCGGAGGCAGCCGGCUUCCACCGAGCCAUCAACCUCUGGAACAAGACAUGCGGCUUCCCCACUUUUGACCUGUUCCCCGAAGUGAAGGGGGCGUUGUCUGCGCAGGCCACACUGUUGGGUGGCUUACUACGUAACCGCCAGAUCGACAUCGACGUACCAAGCACCUUCCCCGGCAAGUUCAAGGGUCAGAGCGCAGAGAGCGGCAACCCAUAUCGGCUUAUAAGGGCAGAUGACGAAGACGUCAAUGAGGCACUGACAUUGAGUUACUACGACGUAUUCAUGGACAUGGUCUGA